AUGUGUAUCACAAAGAAGGCAACCAAGAAGACAACAGAACACAAGGAUUCAUCAGAAGAUGCGAAAAAGAAGGCGGCUCAGAAGAAACCGACCAAAAAGUUUAAGAUUCCGAUGUUUGCCAAAAAGAAAAAGUCCGCCGAGCCAAAGGUGGAGGAGCAGAAAAUUGAGAAGCCAGAGGAGCCAGAGGAACCACCGAAAUCUGUGAAAGAAGAGGAGCAAGAGGUGGAUAAGAGAGAGGAAGAUGCAAAAGGAUUGGAUGAAGCGAAAGUGGAAGUGAAACCAAAAAGACCAACUGUCUUCCGCCCAAAUUGUGCCAACCUCGCUGGAUUGAGCGGCGCCACGAAAAAGAAGGGGAACAAGUACAAGUUUGGACAAAUCGAUCGGGAGGAGUUAUCGAUCAACAACGACAAGACCGAGUUCCUAGAGAACGCGCAACUCACCAAACUGAUGUCUCACGCCGAUAUGAAGGCGUUGAUGAAUGGACAAAAUGCGCCGGGAGAGAAUUUGGAUGAUCCGAACUGUCAGGACACUGUGGAAGAAGUGGACAGUGAGAUGCAAGACAUUGCCUUCUCUCCUCUGUUGGCUCCGAUUCCGAAAGAAGAAGACAAACAGUUGCAUGCUUUAAUUCAUCCAACUGAUCAGAAAGCUUGA